UUAAAGUCUUUAAGUGAAAUUAUUGCCAUACUCUCGUGUGUCCUGCCGGAGUAUAAACCAUGUUGUCCUGAAACAAAGCCCUUAUCCUGGAGUUCAUACCUCUAUUAACAGACUUCAGCUAAAGGAGAUUGAAUUGGGUCAGGUGGUUACACUGCGCAUGUGCAGUACCCCACACAACAAGACCCGUGACCUAUCCUCCUUCCAUAGGCCUUGUGUUAGCUAGCUAUGUGCUCUGCUCGCCUGUUUCCAUGUUGUGCUUCUUGGCUUUGGGAUUGCCUCGUUCCUCAUCAGCCCCUUUCUGUUCCAGUCGUCGACGACCAAAAGCAUGAACAAUGACCAUAGUUGACAGAUCUUCAGAAAAGUCUGACCACGAGUCAGUCGGGUGUAAGCGAUCUCCCUUUACCAGUGGAGACGUGGGGAUGGACGGCAGCUGCUCCAGCAGCUGGGCAAUGGGUCCCACCAUGCCCAGCGACUCUCCGAGGCUGAAGGCUGCAGGAGGCUGCCUGGGCCCAACGCCUGGAGCUGCAGUGUACAACAGCACACCCUCCUCUGUGGACCGGCCCAAGGAGCAAGUGAUGAGCAGUGGCGAUGGCAUUGACUCGCCGCAGAAGGUCCUCUUCCCUCCAGAGCGGCUCAACCUAAAGUGGACCCAGGUCCACCGCAUUGGUGCAGGCCUGCAGAACAUGGGGAACACCUGCUUCCUCAACUCAGCCCUGCAGUGUCUCACCUAUACCCCUCCGUUUGCAAACUACUUGCUGACACGGGAGCAUUCCAAAACGUGUCACGAGCCCGGGUUCUGUAUGAUGUGCACCAUGCAAAACCACAUCAUUCAGGUUUUUGCGAACUCUGGGAAUGUCAUUAAGCCCAUAGGUGUGCUCAACGAGCUCAAAAGGAUUGCUAAGCACUUCCGCUAUGGAAGCCAGGAGGAUGCCCACGAGUUCCUGCGGUACACAGUGGAUGCUAUGCAAAAGUCCUGCUUACCUGGAACCAAAUUGGACAGGCAAACACAGGCAACCACUUUCAUCCAUCAAGUAUUUGGCGGGUACCUAAGGUCCAGAGUUAAGUGUUUAAACUGCAAAGCAGUCUCCGAUACAUUUGACCCUUUUCUGGAUAUAACUCUGGAAAUUAAGACAGCUCCCAGUGUCUCCAAGGCUCUGGAGCAGUUUGUCAAGCCAGAACAGCUGGAUGGAGAAAAUGCCUACAAAUGCACCAAGUGCAAAAAAAUGGUCACAGCCUCAAAGAGAUUUACCAUCCAUCGCAGCGCGAACGUGCUCACCCUCUCACUAAAACGCUUUGCAAACUUCAGUGGAGGCAAAAUCACAAAGGAUGUGAAAUAUCCAGAGUACCUGGACCUCCGGCCCUUCAUGUCUCAGUCGCAAGGGGACCCCCAGGUCUACGGGUUGUAUGCUGUGCUGGUCCACUCUGGAUUCAGCUGUCACGCUGGACACUACUUCUGCUAUAUUAAGACAAGCAAUGGCCAGUGGUAUCAGAUGAACGACUCCUCUGUGUCUGUCAGUGACAUCAGGUCUGUUCUCAACCAGCAGGCCUAUGUCCUUUUCUACAUCAAGUCCAGUGAUGUGAAGAAAACAGGGGACUACAACCACAUAAGCCACAACCCGGGCAUCCCUGGUCAGUCGUCUCCACGGCCUGUGGUGAUACCCCGCAUGAACACCACCGUCCACCACAACAACAACAUCGGCUUCAUAGGUCCCCAGCUGCCACCACACAUGACCAAGCGCACUCUCCACGUUAAUGGGAAUGGAUCUCUGAGGGACUAUCCCACCAACUCCAAGCCCAGCACCAGCAGCAGCAGUGUUGUGGGGAAACCCAGCCAUGGACUGGCCUCUUCCUCUUCUUCCAUCUCUCACUCAAUCAGCCGGCCCACGAUGAUCCCAGACCAGGACAAGCGCCAGAAGCUUUCAUUCUACAUUGGACAAGGCAAACCGAACCGCCCGUGCUCCUCCUCGUCCUCUUACAGCCAGCCGUCCUCUGCCGCCAGCAGCAGCAGCAGCAGCUCCUCCUCCUCCUCGUCCUCCUCGUCGUCCUCCUCCUCCAGCUCUUUAUCCUCCUCACAGUCUACCUCAGACGUUCGCUUUGUUCCACGUCAGCUUAACCACGUUAACGGCAUGUCUCGCAGUAACGGGGAUCACCACACGGGAGGGAACGGAGCGUCGUUCUUGGUGCCGUACGGCCAAGAGUCUUCAGAGGAGUCAGACCAGGAGAACUGUGGCACUCUGGAAAACGGCUGUCUAGCCAAGACUCACCUUAAUGGAAACAACAGAACGGGAGAUGUCUUUGAUAAUUCUACUCAAGCCACCAACGGAGAGUCAGGCGUGCACCACAACGGUAACGGAUUAAAUGGACCAACCAAUGGCGUCGCAAAAUCCAGUCAAAAUGGGCACCAUUAUGGAAACCACAAAGUGAACGGACACAGCACCCCUGAUAAUGUCUCUGGCAGUAGCCAUGGCAGUUCAUCCUCUGUGGCUACUGUUGCUGCUAAUGGACUAGACAGUGACCACAGUCAAACAAGCAAAGAGGCGCAUACUUCUGCCUCAUCCCAGGCCAGUUCUUCUCAGAGCAUCCAUCCUGCUGCCAGUGAAGGCCAGCCCCUCUCCACUCCUGACCCAAGGGCUAAAACUGUGUCUGAACCCCUGCCUCAGCAUACAGCAUCCUCCGCUGUUAGCUCUCCACCUUCAGCUACCGCUACAAAGACCCAUUCUGUCACAUCUAGAGAAUCUGCUUCCUCCUCAGCCCCACAUGGCAACCCUACGGCCUUAUCCACCCCGCCAGACUGCUCCCAAAGCACCAAUGGGGGCUCUGCAGCUCCACAGAAGGUUAGCAGAGGUGGGGAUGAAGCAAAGGAUCUACCACAGACCGGUGAUCGGUCAGCAGGAACUGAAGGACGCACGGAUGCUAAGGAGCAUCAGCAGUCCAAGCCCAGUUCUAGAGGCAAUGAAGGACAAACUUCCCGAGACAGGGAGAGAGACAGACAGUACUCUGACUGGAGCAGAGACAAGGAGAGACACUACAGGGACAGGAGUCAGGAGCGAGAAAGCGACGGCGAUCGGCAUCGGUACAGACGGGACUCCCGAGAUCCCUACCACCAUCAUCGCUCGUACAGAGAUCGUUUGACUCCUCACAAUCGCUCCUACAGGGACUUGGAGUCUGAGCGGCGCUGGGAGCGGCCCAUCCACCACCCCAGGGAGCGUGAUCGUGACCGGUGCUCUAACCAUUACCACCACUAUCACCACCACCGGUCCAGAGAGGGCUGGGACCGUGAGCGGCGGGGACACGGUUAUCCCUACCGCGAGGAGUCUAAUGGCCGCGGGAGGUGGCAGCAGGAGAGUCGAGAAUCCCGGGCGAUGAAGGACAAAUGCAACGGCAGGGAGAGGGACUAUUAUCCGUCAAAAGAGGAGACUUCCUCGCCCACUACAGAGCCAGAAACCUCCACAAAGUCCAAGGGCUCGCCCCCUCGGGCUCAUCUCUCCACGUCUGAAUCAGAUCCGAACAGGGAGGAUGAGAAUCACAAGAGGACGGCUGAUCCUCCAAGCAAGGAGAGGGAUGACAGCUCUGAGACCCGCCGCUCUAAAAAACACAAAAAGAGCAAGAAAAAGAAAAAGUCAAAGGAUAAAGACAGACACCGUGAGAGCGGAAGCUCCGAGGUGGAUUCAGACAGAGCCGCUGAAACAAAAAAGAAGAAGAAGAAAAAGAAGAGUCAGCGGGACGACGAGGCCGAGCAGAACAGCCCUGGAGCGGCCCGGAGCCACAAGAACAGAAGCAGCGAGGAGAGGGAGAGCCGCAAGCGACGUUACUACGACGUCAAGGACGCUAAACACGACAACGGUUUUUCACCAGAUAAACGCCGGCGAACAGACUACACUGAUGGCAGCGCUGACCAUCUACUCCCCUCCAACCACAGCUCACCCACAAACGGUUCUACUCACCACCAUCUCAACGGAUUCAAAGGAAACGGUUACAGCCAAACCAACGGCGACUCCCACGGAUUCUCCAGUGGCUUGAAACACUGACUCUGUGAGUGGGCGCCCGUUUAAUGAUUAUCACAGUAUGCUCUAGUACAGUCAGUGCUAAUAAACAGUAGGAACUCUUAUUGCACAUGCAAACAGAUUGUAUGGAGGCCUCUUCUUUCUCGUUUCAGACACAUCACCACCAUUUUAACAACAGCAGAGGAAUGACAUUGAUAACUUUUUUUGACGUGGUGCUUCUUCGUUGGGAAUAUAUUGUAUUUUUACCACAAUUUAAAAGUGUUUUAAAUGUUCAGAAUCCUUUUUUUUAAGGCAUUGAAUUAUUUGCCGUAAUUCUCCUAACUAUGGUUAAAAAGAAAAACUGUCACCUGUUAAACAUUUAUGAUGAAAAAUAUUAAUAUAUACUUGUAUGAACACAAACAAAGCCUGGAGCUUAAACAUCUCAACUGCUGCUCAGUGGAACUCAGGACUUGAAAACAUCCACCGCGGAUAUCCACCUGCUUCAAAAUACGAAUGAAACUAAAGGGAAAUGGGUUGCCUAGGAGACGAACUGUACGGCACCAUGUUGGCUGCAGGUUCAAGAUGUCACCAUAUCUACAGAGCCGCAACGUUUUUGAGUUUUUUCUUUGAUCCCACUGGGAGCGGACAAACUAAUGGAGGCAGAUCUUCAUGAAUGAGAUAGAGGAGCUGCCUGAUACCUCCACAUUAACCCUGGACAGACUUGAGGACAUUUCCCUGCUUCUUUUAUUUUUAUUUGGUUUCCAUUUUUUUUGCUCUGAAGCCUAAGAUUCACUCUGUAAUUUUUAAACUUUUUCACAGAUGCGGAGGUCUUUCUCUGGAUCACGCCUCUCUCUUUCUCUCUCUCACAUUUUUUUUUUAAACAUUUAAAAAAAAAAAAAAGCAUCAAAACUUUGUUAUCAUGGCUGUGGACCAUUUGUGUUUGCUUUUUAAUGAAAAAAUACAGUUUGUGUCUUCUAGCGUCAUCAAAAAUACUGUGAAUUUUAUUUUGAACUGUACUAUCAGUUAUUUUUAUACGUAAAAAUCCUGUAUCAGGGUUAUCAGUAGAUGUUUUUGUUGUUUUGCUCCGUUUUUAGACAAAUUCAUGUUGAUUUUGACCAUAUUUUUCUGGACAAAAGUUAGUAUGGUUUGCUUUUGUUUUUUUUCCAACUGUAGACAGAAGUUGAAAAACUGCUGUUAUACCUUUUUAGUUUAGCAUGUCAGAAUUUAUACAUUGUAUGAGGUAAAAGCCUUAAAAUACAUUUGUUAAUGUCAGAAAUUGUAACUCGUUCUCGGUCUUUGACUUUGUUUACAAGCUGCAUUGAAAUGAAUGAAAAAACGCUGAUUGAGAUGACUGACGAGUCGUCAGGGAUUUUUUGAAAUGCUCCCGUCUGCCUUUGUAUAUUAUACGAGGAAUAGACUGAUUGUAUCCGAGCCUCUUGUUGAACAAACUUUCCACUGCGGUUAAAUUAUGAUGUAGAUACAUUUAGUGUUGAUGGAAACUGAUCGCACUGUAUUCAAGUUAAAUACACACACAUUUCUAGCCACUGGCCAGAUGUCUCCGCUGACUCCAUAUUUUAUUCACAACACUGUUUUUAUGUUUAAAAUAACCAAAGACCUGUUAAGUUUAGCAAGUCAACCUCUUUUCACUGAAUUCACAUUUACACAAAAGCUGUUUUUCUGAUCAGCAUGUCAUUUUAUUCAUCAAAGUAUUCAGAAGCCGUUUUCCCAAACUUAAGAUCGAGCCACAUUUUAAACCUCAAAACUCCCAUCUGCUAAUGAAAGAUCAGGCUGAAAGUUGUCUCGAUCUGUUUGGGAAAAUCAGUCUUCAGAUUCCAGUCAGCAUUCACACGAAUAAGGUUUUGAAAAUUCCAGUAUCUCAAUUGUCUUUGAACCCGUCUGUCCUAUACUCUCUUGUCCAACUCAGCAUAUUCUUUCAUAUAACAUCAUGUAUUAUCUGAUCUUCAGUAACAAUAACAGUGUGAGAAGGGUUUUCACUGCUCCGCAAAGAGCUGCACAAAAAAAGUCCCUCUUCCACUAUUGUAAACUGUUAGCUGUUAAACUAAAAAGGUGAACGGGUAUAGGCUACGGCCGUUUAUGAUUUACAUGCUACAUUAACACAACAAAGAAAGAAGAAAAAAAA